AUGAACUUCUUCAAGGCAGACAAGUCGACGCAGUAUGUGUCUGUAGAAGAGAGCUCCGAGUGUAGUGAAGACCAGCUACCUUUGCGAAGGAGGCCCCCCUCCCCUAUUGUAUCGGUUUCUAGAUCUUACUACUUUAUUUCUUUGAUAUUAUUUGCCAUUUUCCCUGUACUGGUCAUUGCCUUGUUUGUGCUUCACACUCGGCUAGCAGGCGCUCGCAUCGACAGCGGCUUUCUCAAAGGCUUUCCUACCGAAUUAGAACCAAUCAAAGGUGUACUUGCCAGUGAAACAGUACGUUUCACUGGCGGCCUUCACUUCUACAAGAAUGGGACCUUGUAUCGUGAGGUGAUUGAAGGACAGCCUCAAUACGUCGGGCCUCCAUCGCCAGAGAUUGAUGCAGCAUGGAAGAGUCUGCUAAAAGGUUACUGA